AUGGCACCCAGCGCAAUCUCCUCUCCUCCCUCGCCCCAACCAGCUACCGCUACUACCUCCGAUAUCUCCAGCUAUAAGGGGUAUGACCACGUCCACUGGUACGUCGGCAACGCCAAAAUCACCGCCUCAUAUUAUGUCACACGCAUGGGCUUCAAGCGGGUCGCAUAUCGCGGCCUCGAAACCGGCAGCCGUGCCAUCUGCUCUCACGUCGUCCGCAAUGGCGACAUCACCUUCGUCCUAACCUCCCCUCUCCGCUCCCUCGACCAAAUGGAACACCUCACUCCUGAAGAGCAGAAGCAGCUCCGCGAGAUCCACGAGCACCUCGAACAGCACGGUGACGGCGUCAAGGACGUCUCCUUCGAAGUUGACUCCGUCGACGCAGUAUAUCAAGCCGCCGUGGCCAACGGUGCCAAGAUUGUGUCUGCGCCACGCAGCCUCGAAGAUAAGGACGGGUACGUUCGGGUUGCGACUAUCCAGACGUAUGGCGAGACCACCCACACCCUUCUGGAGCGCAAGUCGUAUUCUGGAGCGUUCCUGCCCGGGUAUCGACCUGAGGACGGACCCGAAGACCCUAUCACCAAGUAUUUGCCCGGUGUAUAUUUGAACCGUGUCGACCACUGCGUCGGUAACCAGGACUGGGAUGAGAUGGACCGUGUUUGCCAAUAUUACGAGAAGGCCCUCGGCUUCCACCGAUUCUGGUCUGUCGACGACAAGGACAUCUGCACUGAAUACUCUGCACUCAAGUCCAUCGUCAUGGCAUCUCCCAACGAAGUCGUCAAGAUGCCCAUCAACGAGCCCGCCGUCGGCAAGAAGAAGUCCCAGAUCGAGGAAUAUGUGGACUACUACAACGGCGCCGGUGUGCAGCACAUUGCACUCCUGACCGACGACAUCAUCCGAGACAUCACCAACCUCAAGGCACGCGGAGUUGAAUUCAUCAAGGUCCCCGACACGUAUUAUGAGGACAUCAAGAUCCGUCUCAAGAAGACGGGUUUGGUUCUUCACGAGGAUUUCGAAACCAUCCGCAACCUUGACAUUCUCAUCGAUUUUGACGAGGGCGGGUAUUUGCUCCAGCUUUUUACGAAGCACCUAAUGGACCGCCCAACCGUCUUCAUCGAAAUCAUCCAACGCCACAACUUCAGCGGCUUCGGUGCCGGCAACUUUAAGUCGCUGUUUGAGGCACUUGAGAGGGAACAGGCUCUGCGUGGUAACCUCGUCUGA